AUGUUACCCGACAAUAGUUGCUACAACGUGAAAGCAAAAGUAUAUUUUGCAAUUACCCUUACUACACUCAUAGUUCCCAACGUGAUGGAAAAUGGGGAUGCAACUAAAGUAUGGAUUAACAUAUACUUAUUGACGGCGGCCGCCCUUGCCUGCGGAGCAAAAAAAAAAAUUGGGGAGCAGGGGAGUGAAGUAGAAAUUAUUGCUGAUCCUGGUUUACGAAAAUUGAUUGAAGAGUAUGAUGUUGGUGCUAGAGAUCGUAUUCGAAAAGAAUAUGUUGCUAUGGGCCCUUGUCAACCUCGAGGCCAUAAUUUUCCAAGAAAAAAAAUGGGUAAAGACAAUAGAUGUUUCAGAGACAUUUGGUUUAAAGACCGUGAUUGGUUGGAGUAUAGUGUUUCAAAGGAUGCAGCCUUUUGUUUCUGGUGUUAUCUUUUUAGACCUAGUAAUAUAGGGUUUGAAGGAGAUGAUGUGUUUACAAGAUCUGGUUUCAUAAAUUGGAAAAAAGCAAUUGAAAAAUUCAAUGAGCAUGUAGGUGGAGUUGGUAGUGCGGACAAUGAGGCAAGAAUACAAUUUGAAGGUUUCAAGAAUCAAAGACAAAGUGUGGAGUAUUCAUUUUCAUCAGGGAAACAUGAGCUUGAAGUUGCUUAUCGCAAACGCUUGACUUCCAUUUUAAAAGUAAUUCGAUUUUUGUUGUUACAAGGAUUACCUUUUCGGGGGCAUGAUGAGUCUUCGACAUCAUCCAAUAGAGGAAAUUUUUUAGAAUUGCUCAAAUGCUAUAGCUCGGAGUGUCCAGAAGUUGCGGCGGUUGUUGGAAUAAAUGCACCUGGAAAUAAUCAAAUGAUUGCCCCAAAAAUUCAGAAGCAAUUGGUGAAUGCUUGUGCAGUUGAGACCACAAAUGCUAUUCUAGAUGAUCUUGGAGAUAGGUGGUUCACUUUACUACUUGAUGAGGCUCGUGACUGUUCAGUGAAAGAGCAAAUGGCAGUUGUUAUUAGAUAUGUGAACAAAUAUGGAGAGGUGAUUGAACGAUUUAUGACUGUAGUUCAUGUUGCAACAACUACAGCUGCUUGUUUGAAGGAGGCAAUCGACUCUUUAUUUGCUAAGUAUGGUUUGUCAGUGGCGAGAUUGAGGGGUCAAGGAUAUGAUGGUGCUUCAAAUAUGUCUGGAGAAUUUAAUGGAUUAAAGUCACUGAUAAUGAAAGAAAAUCCGUAUGCAUUGUAUGUUCAUUGUUUUGCUCAUCAACUCCAACUAGUGGUUGUAGCUGUUGCUCAAGCAAAUCAAUAUGUUUGUGAUUUCAUGUGGAUUGUUGGUUCAAUUGUGAAUACAUCUGCAUCAUCUUGCAAAAGGGCCGACAAACUUCGACAACUUGAACAUGACAGAAAAGUUAAACUUCUUGAAAGAGGAGAGAUUAGUUCUGGUAGAGGACUAAACCAAGAAACUAGUCUAGCUAGACCUGGAGAUACACGAUGGGGGUCUCAUCAUUCAACUUUAUGUCGUAUUGAACAAAUGUGGCCAUCUGUUAUAGAGGUUCUUCAAAAUUUGAUUGAUGAUGGUGAUCGUUCUUCUAAGGGUUUAAGUAGAACUUUGGUUGAAAGAAUGGAGAGGUAUGAAUUUGUGUUUAUUUUACUAUUGAUGAAACGUAUAUUGGCAAUCACAAAUCAUUUGUCAACCGUUCUACAAGAGAAAGAUCAAAAUAUUGUGAAUGCGAUGUGUUUGAUCAAUAAUGUGAAAUGCAAAUUGCAAAAGUUGAGAGAUUCUGGAUGGGAUAUUUUACUUGAGGAUGUGAAGAAGUUUUGUAACACUCAUUCCAUUGAAAUAAUUAAUAUGACAGAUAACAUCAACAGUCGUAGUCGUUUGAAGAGAGAUGGAAAAAAUGUUAAUUUUUAUCACUACUACCAUGCUGAAAUCUUUUGUGAGGUUAUCGAUAUUAUUCUACAGGAGAUGGAUAGCUGUUUCUCUGAAACAACUACAGAUUUGUUGAUUAAUAUGUCAUGCCUUGAUCCUAGGAACUCGUUCUCUAGAUUUGAUGCACAGAAGUUAGUGCGUCUGGCUCAUUUUUAUGAGGAUGAUUUUUCUUGGAAUGAGCGUAUGUUGAUUGAACAAGAGCUUGAAACAUAUAUUGAUGACGUCAGAUCAGAUGAACGGUUUGAAGGCAUUUCAGAUUUGGGAGCUCUUGUAAAGAAAAUGAUUGAAACAAUGAAGAACCGUGUGUUUCCUUUGGUUUAUCAGAUGAUUGAGCUAGCCUUACUUCUUCCAGUUGCUACUGCAACCGUUGAAAGAGUGUUUUCGGCAAUGAAUAUUGUCAAAACAGAUUUGCGAAACAGGAUUGGAGAUAAAUGGAUGAAUGAUAGUUUAGUAGUCUAUAUCGAGAAAGAUGUUUUUAAUACUGUCGACAAUGAGCUAAUUUUACAGCGUUUUCAGAACAUGGAGUCUCGAAGAAUGCAAUUGUCACGUAUUCGUUAG